AUGCAGGAUCUUUCAAUAACUUCAUCCGUAAAAGAUGCAGGGAAAUUCGGAACAACUACUGCUGACCACAUUCGGGGAAGUCGAGUGGCGAAGAAAACUGGCGGAUAUUCGCGGAGUGCCAAUUCCGAGGCAUCCGCGGAUUUUCCAUCCAUCAAGAAGGACUAUGAGGACUCCCUGAUUGCACUGACCUCGCUCACAGACGAGGAAAUCCAAUCGGUUCGCGACAGUUGGCUUAUUCUUAAAGCCCAUAUCGAAAAAAUUGGAGUAAUUGUCUUUCUGGGUCUGUUCGAAGAGCAUUCCGAUUUUCGAGAUGCCUUUGCGCGUUUCCGUGGCAAACAGCUGGUCGAAAUAACACGGGAUCCGGCACUGCAAGCUCAUGGUCUACGAGUGUUAAAUGUGGUGGACAAACUUGUGGGUCGAUUGCAAAAGGUGGAAGCAAUACAGGACUUUAUACUGUCUCUGGGUUCGAGACACUGCAAAUAUGUUCCCAGUAUCAAUCUAAUUCCGAGCGUCGGUGAACAGCUUUUGGAAGCGAUUCAACCGGCAUUGGAGGAGCAAGGGAUGUGGACGGAAUCUACUCAGCGAGGAUGGAAGGCGGUACUGAGCUAUCUGACUAACGCGAUGCGAUACGGGCUGGCCAGAACUCCACAGACCUCGCUCAAUAUCACAUAA